UUAUAAACAACAAAAUGAGUAAACAGCAAAUAUUUCCUAUUAACUUGGGAAAUCUGUCGGCGAAAGAGCGCCACAGUUAUGUCUUGAACCAGUAUGUUCUUACAAAAUCCGCCACCGAGGCACGCAAACACAAGCGGGACAUUGAUGUGAUAAGGGAAAACCAUCGGUUCCUUUGGGACGAAGAUGAAGCAAACGAAACGGAAUCUUCCAGCUGGGAACAGCGCUUAGCACUGAAGUACUACAACAAGCUGUUUAAAGAGUAUUGCAUAGCUGAUCUGACGCGCUACAAGGAGAACAAAAUAGCACUACGAUGGCGCACGGAACAAGAAGUCAUCAACGGUGUUGGUCAAUUCCAGUGCGGGAGUCGUCAUUGCGGAGUCCGCGAGGAUAGCGGUAAUGGCGAAAAACUGCGCAGCUGGGAAGUGAACUUUAAGUAUAUCGAAAAAGGUGUGCCACUUAAUGCGCUAGUCAAGCUACGGCUGUGCGCUAUUCACACGGAGCAGCUUAACUACCGCACCAGAAAAAGGGAAUACAAGCGCCUACGUCGUAGGGAAAAGGAGCAACGCAAAGCUGAAAAACGGCGCAAGAAACACAAGGAUGAGGACGACGAGGAUGAUGACCAAGAAGAGCAGGAGGAAGAGGAGGCCGAAAAAGAAGCAGAGCCCGAGGUGCCGUCUGAUACAAUGCCAAGCGGUUCUCAGAACGAGGCACUUGCGAAUGCUGUAGAAACUAUAGACGACGAUAUUUGGCGUAAACCACUUCAGGUGGAGGAAAAACCUUCGCGUGAACAGGAGUUUGCACAAUACCUGGAUGAUUUACUAUUUUAAGUGCAGUCAAAAUAGGGCUUUAACAUCAGUCGAUCGAUAUUUGUUUCUAUUAUAGAUCAGAGUAUACA